CGUCGCGACUCCUCGUCCGUGCCUACGUUCAGUUCGGCCGAUCGCUCCCGCACCGUUAGUUCAGAUCGGCGCGAUUCUCUCUUUCUCUCCCUCUCUUUCUCUCGUGAGCUUCGACUACCUGCUGUUCCUUCUCUCUCUCUCUCUCUCUGUCAAUUGUUAGACAGCCGAACGUCGCCUCAUUCGUAACAUAACGUAGGCAUCGCGUCGCGUCUCUGUCUCUCUGGUGCGAGCACAGGUGUUGGUAGCGUUUAGUGGCUGACAAGGAUACACCGUUGCCAUCGUGUGAUACUGCCCACUCUUUCUCCGUGGUCCCGCCGGAUCUUGUUGUGUCGCGUCACUCAAGCAUUGACGAAAGUACGACAGAAAAGGUGAGGCCACGGAUGAGAGAGCUCCUCCACGUGGCGUGGCCUCGCAUAGAGUCCCGGCUGUACGGCCGGCGAGCAAACUGGAACGAUAACGAAGAAUGGUGAGUUCCCGCACACCCGGUGUCAACAACGUCACGCCCGCUAAUAACGCGGCCGACAACGACGGCGUGUCCUCGUCGCCCGACAGUGUCGACGUCGGCGAGGACGAGAGUCGCGUAAACGGCGUCCCUGAGAACGGCGGUGACGGCCGCGGUGUGCGCCGCGGCGGUGACGGUAGUGGCGGUGAAGGAGGCGGCGACGACGGCACUGCCAACGUCGGAUGGAGUCAGAGCGGCCCGCCGUCGCUCUCGAUGUCGGUCGACCUGCACAACCUCGUGACGAGCACGAAUCAUCAAGAUUCCGGCCGGUACUCGGUGAGUCCGGACCACGCCGACAGCGCGACGACGCCCGCCGCCGCCGUCGUCAAGAUCGGCUGCUACGACGAGGAAGAGAGCUACGAGGGUUUCGGCUCCGUCGAGGGUGACGCCGACGACGGCCCGGACUCGCCGGGCGGUAGCAGCUCCGCACCGUCGCCCACCGGCACCUCUCGCAGGAACCCGAGGAGCCCGAACUCCACCGUUGGGAGACAUUCCUGGUUGCGUACUUCGCUGCGGAGAACGCCUCCUUGCUCGGGAAGGAAGAGGCUGAGCUCCAACGCGUUAGCGAGCCAGCUCUAUCGCAGUGGCAGCUUCAACAGCUCGGGGAUGGGCUCAAACUACGAUCCCGCGGACGACGUGUACAGCGACGUAUCCCUGGAGGACGUGAUGGAUCUCAGCCACAAAGUUCAAAUGAUCCAAGAGCAGAUGCAUGCCUUGGUGGACACUAAAUCGGUCGGCGAGGAGAGGUACGCUCGAGCGAAGCAGGAGAACGCGACGUUGCAGGCGCGCAUAUUGAUGCUCGAGGAAGCGGCCAAAGACGCGGAAACGAGAGCUGAGGAGAGGCUUCAAGCUGAGCAACGAAGGCAUCGGGAAUGGGCGUGCCGUUUGGAGCGCGAGCGCCAGUUACAACUGGAGAAUUACGCGAUCAAACUGCAAGCGGUGGAGUUGGACAGCUCGAGCCUGCGGGACGAAAUCGCGCGGAUUCGUGAGCAGCUGGAGAGAGCGCGGGCGGACAAAACGCGGCUUGAAAACGAUCUCCAGGAAGCCAGGAGAGAAGCGGACACUGCGCGCGAAAGUGAACGCCACGCAGUGAGCCGAGCGAACGAAGCUCAUCAUCUGCUCGAAGCGAUGAGAGAGGAACUUUCGUUGCACACCGAAGAUCAGCAGAGGCUCGAGGAAUUGGUGCAGCAGGUGGCUCAGCUUCAAGCUCGCAAUAAGAGUUUGGAAGAAUCUCGGGACGAACUGCAGGCCGCAGCGGCGUUGCAGGCAGGUCGUGAACUUUUAAUGUUGAACCCUUGCAAUAAUAGCGCCGAGAAGGGGCCUAGUCUCGCCGUGGAGCUGUUAGCCGGCAUGAACCCAGAUCAGAUAGAUGGCCAAAGGUUCGAGGAAUUCGGCGAACCGUGCACAAUGGCUGAGAUGAAACAGGCACUGAAGGAACAGCAAGAGGUGAACACGCAGCUAAGGACGUACAUCGACGGAAUCCUGCUGAACAUCGUGGAGAAUUACCCCCAACUGUUGGAAGUGAAGCAAACGCACUGAAACAUAGCGCAUAUAAAGAGCCUAUUAGAACCUGGCUAGAAUGUUAUACUCGGACAGUCUCGAAGCGGGUUGUACGUUAAACUCUUCCCGUCGAGUCGACGUGAGAGAUGGAAGAAGCUGCUUGGAAUCACUCUCGACCGAUACACAGUUAUAUUUUACAUAUAACGAUGUCUUUUUUAGUGCGAAAUUCUCUCAGUGCGAAAGAGAGCGCGUCGGGAUCCAUUUGCGGAGGGGGAAUCAAUUUUAACCACGAGCCGUCUGCCGCUACUUGAUGAAAUGACAAAUUGACGCCUGAGUGGCGCGAAGAGGGGCCGCCCGAGAAACGUCGGGAGGAGGACGUCUGAUGAAUUCGGGAUUAUCUUUUAGACCCCUCCCAACGACGUCUCUUCUUCAUCCCCGCGCCGUUCGGGAUCGAAAUGUACUGGUUUUAAGAUCCGCCUGAGGUCGUUGAGCUUCCGACGGAUUGUUUAGAAAAGUGAUGCUGCUGCUGCAGUCAUGUGUGACACGAUGAGAGGGAGGAAUUUCCGACCCGGUUUCACUCAGGAGACCAGCUUUGUGCGCCUUUACAUCUACACUCACACCCACACAUACACACUCACACAUAUACCAUAUACAUACAUACAUACAUACAUGCAAACUCACAUCGUUCGCUCAAACCGAUUCGUGCCGAUUUACCACUGCCGCAAAUCGUUAGUUUUACCGCGAGUCAACGUUUGUCGUUACCAGGGCGGUGAGCGAAUCUCGAUUACGUUACGUUUUUUCCUUGAUUGUAUCGCCGGCGAAUAGCUUGUACGAGAGUUACCUAAGUAAAUAAACAAUACGCGAUAUGUGACGACGGUUUACAUGACUGUGCUAUGUGUCACGAGAGCUGUGAUGCGUUAGAGUACCUUUUAAAUUAAAACUUAGUGUCGCAAUAUAUAACACACAUACACACACGUAAAUAAGAAUACACAAUUAAGACACGUACCUAUAAUUAUAUAGGUGGAAAUCUUGUACUCUAGAUCUUUAUACCGAACGUUAGUAAAAUUCUAAUUAAAUGGUUAUAUUUUGAUA